AUGCCGAAUCUACUACACCUUAUGCAGAUGAUGAGGAACUGGAGAAUUGAUGGAGACUAUACUCGGAGAGUUGCACCAUCUACACCUAUUAUUACAGUGCUUCCUGUAGUUGAAGAUGUAGAGAAGAUUAUAAUACCAGAAGAAACUGUGGAAAGUUCUAGAGAAGCCAAGGAUAAUCUUACAUGGUGGCUGUCAUCGCUGCGUUCCAUCAAGAACAAAAUUGGGCUCCAAAGUGCCUCCGGUAGCUGCAGCGAACUUCAGAAUAUGUUGUCCGCUACAGAGAGGAAAGGGUCGAGUAACAUGGAGAAGUCUCCGAAUGAUCCUGGGAUAUGUCUCAUUUCUCAGAGCCCCUUCAGGAUAUUACGGGCGGCUGAAAGUGGCAACCUAGAGAUUUUCGAGCGCUUGUACUACGCUGAACCAUCCAGACUUUCCAUUAAAGACAGUCGAGGCAGGACACCAGCUCACCAAGCAGCAGCUAGAAACAGAAUAAACAUAUUAAAAUUCAUACUGGAGAAUGGAGGAGAUUUAAAUAAUCUAGAUAACGCAGGGAAUACUCCUCUUCAUGUUGCGGUUGAGCACGAAGCGUUAGAUGCUGUUGAUUUUCUGCUAAAGAAUGGCGUGAAAACGGACAUAUUAAAUGAGAAAAAGCAAGCCGCCAUUCACCUGGUGACGGAGCUUAACAAGGUGGCUGUGCUGGAGGUGAUGGGUCGCCAUAAGGACAAAAUUGACAUUCAACAAGGAGGUGAGCAUGGCAGGACAGCUCUGCAUAUUGCCGCGAUUUACGACCACGAGGAAUGUGCAAGGACACUGAUAACGCACUUUGGAGCAUGCCCACGACGACCCUGUAACAACGGCUAUUAUCCUAUUCAUGAGGCGGCUAAGAAUGCCUCAUCUAAGACAUUAGAAGUAUUCUUACAGUGGGGCGAAUCCAGAGGUUGUCGAAGAGAAGAAAUGAUCUCAUUCUACGACGCUGAAGGAAACGUCCCUCUGCAUUCAGCUGUGCACGGUGGCGACAUUAAAGCUGUGGAAUUAUGUAUUAGAUCAGGGGCAAAAAUAUCGAUCCAACAACAAGAUCUCUCGACCCCAGUACAUCUCGCUUGUGCGCAAGGAGCAAUGGAGAUAGUGAAGCUGAUGUUCGAGAUGCAACCAGAGGAAAAAGGACCUUGCCUCCAGUCGUGCGACGUCCAAAAGAUGACUCCCCUUCAUUGCGCCGCUAUGUUUGACCACCCGGAAAUUGUGGAGUACCUGAUCAGAGAAGGGGCUGACAUAAAUGUAGUUGAUAAGGAGAAGAGGUCUCCUUUACUGUUGGCAGCCUUGAGGGGAGGCUGGAGGACUGUGCAUGCUUUGAUCAGGCUUGGAGCGGACAUCAACAUUAAGGACGUUAACAGGAGGAACGUUUUACAUUUAGUUGUGAUGAACGGAGGCAGGUUGGAACAAUUCGCAGCUGAAGUAAGUGAGGCGAAGUCAAAGGAAAGUUUGCUUCAGUUGCUCAACGAGAAGGACAUCACAGGAUGCUCCCCAUUGCAUUAUGCAAGUCGGGAGGGUCAUAUCAGAAGCCUAGAAAAUCUUAUUCGCCUAGGAGCUUGCAUAAAUCUGAAGAACAACAACAAUGAAAGUCCGUUACAUUUUGCAGCAAGGUAUGGCCGCUACAAUACAGUGCGCCAACUGUUGGAUUCAGAGAAAGGAACGUUUAUAAUAAACGAAAGUGACGGAGAGGGUAUGACACCCUUACACAUAUCUUCGCAACAGGGACACACGAGGGUCGUACAAUUGCUGCUUAAUAGGGGAGCCCUGCUUCACAGGGACCACAACGGAAGGAAUCCGUUACAUCUGGCUGCCAUGAACGGUUACACUCAGACGAUUGAACUUUUGCUUUCCGUUCAUUCCCAUUUGCUCGAUCAGACUGAUAAAGACGGUAAUACUGCGCUUCAUUUAGCAACUGUGGAAAACCAACCGAAUGCCAUAGCUUUGCUUCUAUCGAUGGGAUGUAAACUUCUAUACAACCUGUCUGAAAUGAGCGCUAUUGAUUAUGCCAUCUAUUAUAAAUUCCCAGAGGCUGCGUUGGCAAUGGUAACACACGAGGAGAGGGCCCAAGAAGUUAUGAUGUUGAAAUCCAGCAAACAUCCUUGUGUUACUCUGGCUCUGAUAGCAUUCAUGCCACGAGUGUUUGAGGCUGUUCAGGACAAGUGCAUAUCCAAAGCGAACUGCAAAAAGGAUUCCAAGUCGUUUUAUAUCAAAUACAGCUUUAGCUGCCUCCAGUGUCCAUCUCUAUACUCCGAAUUGGAAAACAACAAGAACCUUAAGAUAAAUCCGCUUCCUGCUCUUAACGCUAUGGUUACUCAUGGUAGAGUAGAAUUGCUAGCUCACCCGCUGAGCCAAAAGUAUUUACAGAUGAAAUGGAACUCCUACGGCAAAUACUUUCAUUUGACAAACGUACUUUUUUACAGCAUAUUUCUGGCAUUUAUCACUUGUUUUGCAUCUCAACUUAUGCAACACGAGAAAGAUGUUUUCGCUGCAAACAUUACAAAUAUGACACAUGAGGCUUAUGUCCAACUGAGCAAAGAGAACAUUUUACAUGUGGAAAUAAAUUCCGUAAUGUAUAUGAGCGCACUGGCCAUAAUAGUAUAUAUCAGUAUCAACACCUUGCGAGAAUUCCUCCAAAUAUAUCAACAGAAAUACAUGUAUUUCAUGGAUCCUAUAAACCUGGUCACGUGGCUGCUGCAUUUUUCGGCUCUAGUAAUGGUGGUGCCGAUAUUUGGAAACACCGUUUAUGAUCUGCAGUUUUCUUGUGCCUCACUGGCUGUGUUCUUGAGCUGGUUCAACCUGCUUUUGCUGCUGCAAAGAUUCGACCAAGUGGGCAUAUACGUCGUCAUGUUCCUGGAAAUUCUUCAAACUUUGAUAAAAGUACUGAUGGUGUUCUCAAUAUUAAUAAUUGCCUUUGGUUUGGCCUUCUACAUUUUACUAUCAAGGGGUGAUCAUCUUUCAUUCAAAACCAUUCCCAUGUCGCUUAUUAGAACGUUUUCGAUGAUGUUGGGUGAGAUAGAUUUCUUGGGUACCUACGUAAAACCUUACUAUUUAAACAAUGACGAGGAAAAAUCAUUUUUACCUUUCCCAUUACCAGCUUUCUUUAUCUUGGGAUUGUUUAUGGUCCUAAUGCCGAUUUUACUCAUGAAUCUGCUCAUCGGUUUGGCUGUUGGUGACAUUGAAUCUGUAAGAAGGAAUGCUCAGUUGAAGAGACUGGCUAUGCAGGUAGUGCUACACACAGAAUUAGAAAGAAAAUUACCCCACUAUCUACUGGAGAGGGUUGAUAAAUUAGAAAUAAUAGAGUAUCCGAACGAUACAAAGUGCAAGCUGGGAUUUCUUGAUUCCAUAUUAAGGAAGUGGUUCGGGAAUCCGUUUUCUGACGAUGGGGUGGAUCAAAAGCACAAAAGAUUUUGCAAACCAAGAUGGCGAUUUCAUGGAUUAGAUAUGGUGAUGGACAGUGGUGAAGACUACGUUGUGGCUGAGUUAUCAAAAACAAAGAGGAAACUACGGGAAAUAACGGCAGCUUUGGAAACACAGCACCAAUUCUUGAGGUUAAUCGUGCAGAAAAUGGAAAUAAAAACUGAGGCUGAUGACGUAGAUGAGGGCGUUCCCCCGAAUAACAUAAAACCCAUGAAUGGCUUUUCAAAUAAAUGGACUUCGCCCAAAAUCAGAAAGAAGUUGAAGUCCGUUAUAAGCUUUAAUAAUAAAGGAAACCCAUAAAACAAUUUAAUUUAAUGAAAUGUAUGUUUAAUUUAUAUUCUGCAGUGGUAGCUUUGAGAAAGAUAUUUUUGAAGGAAUUUAAUGAAUUACGAUUAUUUUAGAAUAUAUAAAUGUGAAUUGUGAUUGUUACUGGUUGCACCAAGUAGAUAAGCAGUAUUAUAAUUAUUGCUCCUAGAAAAUAUAGUUAAAUGUUGUAUUUAAUUACUGUGAAGUACCAAAGUUUUUUUUAAAUAAAUAUUGUUCGACACCUAACUUUUUACUAGUGAUUAU